AUGGCAACCGGCCCUUUGAAGUGCGAACUAAAGAGCAGUGAAAUAGUUGUAGACGAUAAUCUUCGCAUCUCAUUUCGACGUACCAUCCGGGUGCCGGACAAUGAUCGAUCUUCCUACCUUCCGCCAGAUCUGGGCGCAUACCCACUUAAAGCGGUGGCCGACUACAGCAAACAGAUGCCGCCCGCGAUGACUACCAAAGGCGGCGUAUCCUUUCCCAUGUAUCAAUCAGAAGCAAAGUGGAUUAAUUUUGACAUAUAUGCCAUCUCCGGUGAGCCUGCGGUGGAGGAUUGCGGCACCAAGCUGCGCCGCCAGGCUCAAUUUGCAAAGUUCAUUAACAAUAGCGAUGGCUCCGACUCAAUCCCGCUUCAAGACUACGUUAUCGUGCCGGGCCAGGAGUGGCUAGAUGGUAUCGCCAACUCCAACGGCACCAUCCGACAAUUUGUGGCCAUGCCUUUCGGAAGCGGCUACUCGAUUGAAUCUCAGACUACCGGCAAAGAUACCGCAGGUGGUGUUCACUUUGAGAUUAUCCCGUACAAAACAAGAGCUUUCAUUCUCUUCGUGAGGGCGUUGAACAGAGACUUUUUCACGUUACAUGGCCAUGAGAACGACACUGUCGAAAUGUUGAAGCAGUCUGUUCAAGAUAAAUGUGGCAUAAGAACUAGUGAACAGAGGCUCAUGUUUCGAGGAAAACAGGUUCAAGAGGAAAAUACCCUUGGAUAUUACGGAGUCAAUGGAGUAUUGGAGAUGGCCGUUGCCGCUGGCGGAAAGAUCAAGCAAGGCAUCAUGCCCGACAAGCUUGAAGAUCGUUGGCAGAGUAACCGUACCACUGUCUUCAACGUGCAAAUCCUCAACUCGGCCGUUUACGAGGCAGUCACUGGCCAAGCACCUCCAACGAAGCCGAUAAAUGCCCAGACCUACGAAAUGCAUGGAUUGCCUUUCUACAAGCUGUGCGAGGAGCCAAGUGGAAUCUUUGGUGAUUUCAGUUUGGUCAAGUCUAUUGCGCAGAUCAACGGAGAGAUGGAACAAAUCGUCACACCCGACACUGUUGAGAUUAGCAGCAUGACUGCGCAGCGACCCGUCGGCCUGACAAACCCCAACGGGCCCCUCCGCGAGCUUCGCACUCUCCGCGACCUCAUGAGAGAAUUCGAGCGAUUACAUAUUUCCAGUUUUUAA